UUUGUGGGCUGCAACUCCACUGAAUUCUACGAUUCUGCAUCAAACACGUGGACAGUGGGCCCGAAGUCAAAGUACCCCAGAAGUUCAGCCGGAGCUGUUACCAUCGGACACUGCGUCUAUCUCAUCGGAGGGCUCGACGGCUUCUGGACACUGCCCAAAGUUGAGAAAUUCGACUCCGUGAAGAGAGAGUGGAGUUUGGUCGCUCAGCUAAACGAGCCGCGCCGGAGCGCCGCUUGCACAGAAUACAACGGACUCAUCUACGUUUUUGGUGGACUAGACGGAACUCGAUACCUCCGCAGCGUGGAGCGUUACGACCCGGCCACGAACACUUGGAUGUUUCUUGCCCCGAUGCCCGAAGCCAAAAGUCAAAUGGCAUUGGCUGUCGUUGGCAAAUUCAUCUACUUGUUGGGCGGCGUCACCUACAUGGGAUUCGUCAAUUCUGUGGACGUGUACAACGUUGAGGAGAACCAAUGGACGACGGGUGUGAGCCUGCCGAGACCCACAGCAGCCGCCGCGGCAGUGACGAUCCAUGACGUUGAAAUUUGCUCUCAGCUUGUUGACCAAGACAAUGACCUCCUGUUCACCUCGCGAAGAUUUGAAGCGUGGGAACAACACCAGCGUGUGUCGGACCAAGUUGAGGACCACGAGGAUGAGGCAUUCCACUUAUCUGAUUCUGACAACGACAACUUCUUAUUGGAUUUUGAUGGCGACGACGAUGACCCUGAAGAAGACGAUGGAAAUCUUGUGUUUUUUUAUUGGGAAGGGGAAAAUUCUGACGAUGAAGGCAUGUGGGAUUCAGAUUAUUCACUCUCAAUGAGUGACAUUUUUGGAAGUGGAACUUCGGACAUCUCGGACGAAAGUACCAACAGCGGCAACGAAGAAGAUCCUGAGGGUGCUGCCCUGCGAAGACUUUUUGGAUACGACGUCAUUUGA